GUCUGAAAAGUUGCUAAAUCUAGCAACAAAAUUGCUAAAUUGGCAUCACUGGUGGCUACUGGCGAUCAAAAGUGAAACUCUUGGAGGACAGCAUUAUAAGUGCCCGCUAGGUGGCACUAUUCCAUUAGGGGGGUUUGGAGCAUGUAAAACAGCUUGUCCAACGUAAUGCUCCACCUACCUAGAGAUGCUUUAGUGUGUCAAAAGCAUUCGGGAAGUAGGCUAUUGGGCUACAAUAAAAAGGAGACACUAAAGAAUCCGAAAAUGCAACCUCCUCCCAGAAAGGUGAAGGAGACCCAGCAGGUGAAGAUGGCCUUUGCGGAGCAAGUGGGGCGGCUGCAGAGCAAACAGCAGCAGGAGGUAGAACUCCUGGAGGACAUCAGGUCCUUCAGUAAACAGCGUGCUGCCAUAGAACAAGAGUACAGUCAGGCCCUCCAGAGGCUGGCCGUACAGUUCCAGAGGAAAGACUGGCAAAGAGGCAAGGGAGACUCUUUGAACUCUGGGAGUGUGUUUGCUGUGUGGAGGUCUCUGAUUGAGGCCACGGCACAGAGUGGAGUGUGUCGUCUCACGGCAGCCGACGGAUAUCGCUCACUCACUGCCGACGCUCUGAAGAGCCUGAGGGCAGCCAAGGAGCUGAAAGCCAAGAGGGGUCUAGAGCAGCUGCAGAGGGUACAGGGUGAGGUAGUGGAUGCACUACGAGAGCUCCACAAGGUCAAGAAGAGAUACUACCAACUGAGUCACAUGGCUAACGUGGCCAGGGAGAAAGCUGCUGAUGCACAGGCCAAAUUCAAGAAGAGUGACCAUGGAAUUUUCCAUUUUAGGACAGGCUUGCAGAAAAUGAGUUCAAAGCUGAAUACCAGGCUGAGGGAGUGUGACCAGAGACUGACAGAGGUGCGUAAUGAGUACCUUCUGACACUGUCUGCCAUCAACUCUCAUCACCAGUACUACUACACUGCAGAGCUGCCUGCCAUCAUGAGGAGACUGGACAGUGACCUGUAUGAGCAAAUCCGAGAACACUUCAUUCUCUUGUGCUGCACAGAGAUCGACACCUGCCGGUCAACGCAUAGUAACUUUAGCAAGAUCUGCGAGAACUCCACCAAGGUGUCUCGAGAACAGAACAUCCAGAUCUUCCUCCAGGAGUUCCCGGUCUUCACCAGAACAGCCAGCUUUCACUUCCAGGUUGCCCCUAAAGACAAGGUGUGCAUUCUGAAGCAACAUAGCUCCAGUGCUGAGGGGGAGAGCUGUUUGGACAAGGAGGCCCGCAAGUGGUCUGCUAAGGCUGCCAAAGACUACAAGAUCAUCUCACACGGAGAUAGGGCCCUGCAGAUGCUGGACAGGCGUUUCAAACUGCUGUCAGGAGACACAGGAGUCAGCGUGGAACAGAAGAUGGUGGAGGUGAAGGAGAGUGUGAGGAAAGCACAGGUGAGCCGGGUGAAGGCGGAGUCCAGGCUGGCGCUGCUGGCGUCGGCGGGGGUGGACGUGGAGCCAUGGGUGAGCAGUGCUAUGACCCAGGCAGACGAGGAGCUGGAGAGGGACAGGAGGCUGAGCGAGGCACGCAUGUCCAACGGAGAUAUCUCCGAGGACGAGUUUGAGUUCACAGACUUCGACGACUACGAUGAAGAUGGUGACACUUUCAUCGAUUCAACUUCCUGCUCGGUGCCGUGUGGAUACCCCUUGGCUUGCAUGGUUCUCUACAGCUAUCAGGCCUGCCAAGGAGACGAGCUGUCAAUCACAGAGGGAGAAGAGCUUCAAGUGAUAGAGGAUGGAGACAUGGAGGACUGGCUGAAGGCCCGUAAUGCAGCAGGCCAGGUUGGCUACGUCCCUGAGAGGUACCUGCAGUUCCUGUGGUCACCAGGAGAGGGCUCCUCUGUCUGCCUGGCGCAGGGCUUCCCUUGUCCCCAGCUGGACUGGUCCUUCAACAGUUCCGGCUCCUCAUCAGAACAUUCCAAGAGGCAGCAGGGCCGCUCCCCUCAGUCUGGGGGUCUGGCACGGGCUCUGUAUGAGUACCAGGGCCAGGGUCCAGAGGAGCUGUCCUUCCCAGAAGGGGCGGUCAUUAGGCUGCUGCGCUGCCGCCAGGGGGAGGUGGACGACGGCUUCUGGGAGGGAGAACUGGACGGACGCGUGGGGGUUUUUCCUUCUCUGGUGGUGGAGCUGCUGGGAGACGGGGAGGAAGAGGAGGAAGAGGAGAGCCUUCCCACCCCUACUCUUCCUCCAUUCUCUCCACCCAUCCCUAUUUCUGGAACCCCCUGCAGUCUCCUCUGCUUCUCAUCAGGCCCUGGGUCCUGGUCUGUAAACAGUACGCCCCCUAAGGACCAGGAGGACAGGUUGCAGGCUUCUUUCUCACUGAAAACACAGAGCCUGUCAGACAGCAGGGCAGAGAGUGGAGGCAGCACACACAGCUCCCCUGACCUCUCAGCCAGAAGAAUACGACCGACAAGGGCUCCCCCUCUUCCCCCGACUCAGAGACACUCCCCCAUGCCCUGAGAAAGCAUGUGUGGGGGAGUGUUCAGAAGAGACAGAGUGGACACCACAGGAGAGUCUUGUGCCUUCACCGAAAGGAUGAAACACAACAUCACAGGGACUUGUACAGUAUGUAGCUACCAGGUGAGCUUUGUCUCUUCCUGACAGGCGACACUAUUUUUGAAAGUCAGUUUUCUUGUAUUGUUUACGUGAUAAUAUGUCAAAAAACAUGGAUUCAUCUGUCUCUGAGCUUCAGGGACAUCAUUCACCAGUUUUCAGAAGUAUUAAACUAUCUUAAAGAAAGGAGGACCAAGGCACUCUUCAUAUAAUAAAUUAAAAUGCCUUUAUUAGUAUGGCAUGUUCAAUAGAAACAAUGUUUUUUAAAAUCUGACGCGUUUCGGCUGCAUGGCCUUCGUCAGGGAGUACAAAGAAAUAAUACAAUGUUCUCUUUUUAACAGCUUUUCCAAUUAUCUCUAAUUUGAAGAGGGAGUGGUUACAAGAUUGAUUGGACACACCAGGAUUUUUAAAAACAUUGUUUCUAUUGAACAUGCCAUACUAAUAAAGGCAUUUUAAUUAAUUAUAUGAAGAGUGCCUUGGUCCUCCUUUCUUUUUGAUGACCAACUCACCCCUUUUACCAAAGAGCACCUUCUGUCUACCAACAUGUACUAUUGUGUACCUUAGUAGCGCUUCCUUUCCUCCUCUUUCUACUAUUAAACUAUCUUGUAGGAAGUGAUGUUUAUAAUUUGCGUAUGAUAAGAUACAGGGUUAUUUGAGAUCCUGUAGAAAUGUUCAGAUUUUCACUUCAAAUAAGCUUGUGCCUGAUGUUUUUUAGCUUGCAUGAUAAUGUACUGUAUUAAUUAUAAAGUAGUAAACCAUAUAUAAUGUACUGUAUUAAUUAUACAGUAGAAAACCACAAUGUACUGUUAAUUAUACAGUAGUAAACCAUAUUCUACAUGUCAUGUUCUAUUUCCAUGAAAACUGAGAUGUAUUAAAUAAUCUUCCUGGUG